AUGAUCAAAUUUUUUAAUUAUUUUGUUUCCUUUUUUUUAUCUUUAAUGUUAGUAAUACAAUGCUCUCCUAUAACACUGCCAUUAUCAUCACCUUCCAAAACCGGUAUAGGCAUAAAACUCUCUGAAAUUAACCGAGAGACCAUUUUAGUGUUGCCAAAAAAAUUACUAAACAAAAAGACUUUUGAUAACUUAAACUUAACCACCUAUGCUGAAAAAUAUUGUCAAAACGUAGAAUUAGUUAAUUUAUUAAAAUUUUCAUCAAUACCGGACAAGGAUAGAUUAUUAAUACCAAAGAAUACUGAAACGUUAUUCAUUUUUAAUAAAACUAGUCACUUUAACGUUCUGGGACAAAAAAAUGGGUUAGAAUAUACAAAUCUUGUUGAAAAAUCGAUUCCGUUCAACUUGCCAAAGACAAAUGUAAAAUUACUAGAUUAUUAUUUAGUUUUACCUUUGCUAAUUGAUAAUAUGUACACUAAAAUAAAACAAAAUGGUGACAAGGGAAGUGCUGUGCUAAAUGAAUGUUACACCCUACAACAGUUAUCAAUAACGCAAGACAUAUAUUUACCCCUUAUCUUUAGCAAAAGCCCUGAAUAUACAAAUGUUCCACUAUUGAUUUUCAGUUUUAAGCUUGGUACAGACAGUAAUUAUGGUGUUGAAAAACAAAUUAAUAAACCUUAUUUUAAGGUGGACCAUAAUAUUGAAAAAUAUUUUAACUCAUUAUGUGAUGAAUGGAUAAAUAACGGACCUGGUUAUAACAAACUAGUUACUUCAAGGUUUUGUGUUACCAAUACCAACAAUAAAAAUGACAGCUACUGCUUGGAAUUGUCCAAUCCUAAUGAAAAUUUCGAAGCUCUUGACGAAAAAAAAAAAGUAAUCAUAUAUUCUAACUUUGGGAUUACUCCCAAGGAUUUUACUAAAAAAACAACAUUUUUACUAGUAAAUAAAACCGGAGUUUUCUUUAAUGAAAUGUUAGGUAGUUCUUCCAAUGAUGUGAAUCAUAUAUACGAAGAACCAAGAAAAUGUUUUUAUUCACAAUUCGAUAAAUUAAUCUCUAAAAGGUCUCCAGGUUUAAAAAAUGAUUCUUCGGCUGGUGGUAAAAAUAUUUCAUCAAUUGAUAUAGAAAAUACAACAACAACAACAACAACAAAAAAAAAAAAAAGGGAAAAUUUUUCAAAUAUAUUACGAAAAUAG